AUGACCUUAUCUCAUUUAAUUAUUAAAGAUUCAGAAUCAAGUAAAUGCCUUUUAAAAAUAUUAUUCAUAGAAUCUCUUCAAGAAAAAAUAUCUGUAAUUGAAAAUAUUAAAGAUUCAGUAAUAGAAAUAAACAUAAUAGAUUAUGCUUUUAUUAAUGCUGAAAGUGAGACUUCUGCAAAAUGCAAAAGAACUGAAGAAUCAUAUAAAUACCAACCAGAAAUUGAAAAUAUUGACUCUACAAUUAAUUGA